AUGGAACCGACCGCUGGUGUGGCACCUUUCCUCUCCAACCAGCCUGAUAGGCGACCUCAGCAUCUCGCUAUCCCUGGCUCUACCGAUCACAAUGCUUUGUUGGGCCACUUUCAGGGGUUGAGCCUUACGGGCAUGACUUUGCCUGCUCCCCAGGGCGCUCCUGUUCCCAUGCCACCACCCUACAUGGUUUCUUCCGAUGGACUCAUUCUUGCCUCCAUGUCAGGUUCCCAGUCGGUUGCCCUUAACCACCCAAAUGAAUCGGCCUAUCCUGGUUAUCAGAUAAAUGGAGCCUAUGCCAACCCAUAUGCUCUAUCCGGCCCUCUCGUUCCCUUCACCCCCGCUCGCGCCAAUGCUGGACAUCCUCGAGGUGAUCGAACUCAGUCCGAAGUUCCUGGUUUGGAGAACCGCCGCGGCUCCUACUCGACCACAGAGUCCGCACCUGCUACCCCCUUUUACGGGAGCUGGCCAAAUCGUGAGCAUGGUCCCAGAGUUCACAGCGACCGAUCAGCGUAUACAACUCCUUCUCCCCACCAACUCCUUGGCUCUCAUCAUGUCGAAGCUACGACUAAGACAAAGCCUUCUCCAGUGUCUGAUAACGUCCUGGAUGAGAUAUUGGCAAAGGAACCUGCCAUUCCUACGGCGGUUCCCGCAGUUUUCACGCCUGCAGGUCAGAUGAAGAGCCUUGAACAGAGCCUCGAAAAUCGAAUCCCCGGCAACCGCAAUGUCUAUAUCCGUGGCCUUUACCCGACCACCGAUGACCAUACCCUGUAUCAAUUCACUUCCCGUUUCGGUGAAGUCGAGACUUCCAAGGCUAUCAUUGACACUGCCACCGGUGCGUGCAAAGGAUUUGGCUUCGCAAAGUUCUUUGACGUUGCUCACUCCGAGAUGUGUAUUCGCGGAUUCCAUCGUCUUGGAUACGAAGAGUCUUUCAACUCUCGUCUCAAGGCUGAGGGUGACGACGACUCUACCAACCUGUACAUCUCGAACCUUCCUAAGUCUCUGACAGAAGUGGAGCUCGGCGCCAUUUUCAGGGAUUAUACGAUCUUGUCCAGCAAGAUCCUUCGUGAUAGCAUGGGGAACAGCCGUGGUGUUGGUUUCGCUCGCUUUGAGAACCGAGACAUUUGCGAUGAUGUUAUCGAGAGGUUCCAUGGUUCGAGUGUUGGCGAUGAAGGACUUCUCAUGAACAUUCGCUACGCUGAUACUCCAGCUCAGAAGGAAUUGAAGCGAGUCACCGCUGAGCGUCGUCAGUUCCGAACGAACGAGUACAAUAUCGGAGCCUACGGCACUCCCCUCGUCGGCUAUGGUGGCUCCAUGUACCCUCACCAUGCCCAGAACCGACGAGCAGUCAUCCCCAUCACCCGGCCUCCCAAGCCACCGGCUCCCUCUGUGUCCGAUACCAACAAUGAGACUCGGCGCCUGGCUUCUCAGCGUCAAUCCAUUGGGACGGCUGCUAUCGGGAGCACCAAUGAAGUGAUUGCCACACCCGCCUCAUCCGAAUGCGGCGAGAACACCCCCGUUCACGUGGAUGGAGUGGUGACUGGCUCAUCCUUCGAUGCGUCCCCUUCGAUCAAGAAGGAGAUCAAGAAGGAGAUCUAA